AUGAAACACUGAAAGAGAAAGAUCAGUUGGAAGAGAGGCGAGGUAAGAUGAGCAAGGUGAAAGAGGAAUUGGAUAUCAGUCUUGAACUGAUGAAAAGACAAAUGGAAGACUUGACAAGCUUGAAGGCUGAAGCAGAAGCACAGACCGAGCCUAUGGAAAUAGACUGGAAGGAAAAGCUCACGAGGGAAAGACAACAACUUGAAGAUGUAAAGGAGGAGAUACAGAAGGAAAAAGAAGCCUUUGAGAGAAAGAAGGGAUUGACCAUGAAAGAAAGAGAUGAGUUUGAUCUGAUGAAGUCUGAAACCCAGGGACAAUUGGAGGAAAUAGAACAAAACAAACAAGACAUUCGUGUGGAGAAGGAAAAGCUGGAUCAGAUCAAAGCUGAGUUAGAAAGACGGUCUGAAGACGUAAAUCAGGUCAUGGAUGAGACAAGACGGGAGAGGGGGAAGGUUGAAGAACUGGCUAUCCAAACUCAAAAAGAAAGAGAAGGAAUGGUGGGUUUUAUGGAAAAGAACAAACAAAAGCAGAACGACCUGGAACUCAUGAAUGACAAGAUUGAAAGAGAGAAACAAGACAUCGAAGAAAGUCGGGAUGUGCUAACAAAGGAGAGAGAUGAGCUGGAACAAAUGAGGAGUGAGAUACAGCAACAGAGAGAGGAGACAGAAUCUCACAUGGAAGACCAAAGGAAAGAGAAAGAACAUUUGGAACAAAUGACGACAGACAUGAAAAAACAGUUGCUAGAGGUGGAUAAUGACAAGGAAAUGAUAGAAAGCUCAAUGGGUGAACUGAGAGUGAAAGAGGCAGAAUAGUGAGAGAAAAAGACAACAUGGAUAACAAGAUGGCUAGGCUCAAAGAGGAAGAGGAUGGAAUGCGGGAAGAAAUAGGAAGGAAGAUGGACAUCUUAAAGAAGGAAAG